AUCUGCAGAUCCAGACGGGUGGAGAUCUGAAACAUGAAGAAUUGGCCAACAAAUGAAUAAAUGCUUUCUCCAGUAUUAUAUAUGUAAAAGGAUAAAACAUAAAUUCCUGACAGAUGUGAAUAAUAGGCAGAGACUGGCAUCGUUCAAAUACGGGAAAUGUCUUACGAGCGAUAAGCGGAUGGCGGGAACCGUGACGAUAAGUGAUUCAUAUGAUACGUAAAUUACGCGUUGUUGUUCACGAAAUUGUUGUAUACUACUUCGUCCCGUGGUGACUUCGGUGGUAAUCUGCAAUUCCGGUACCAUGCUAUCGCCAAUUACACUUGAUCUCAGUGACAGCAGUGAAGACGAAGAUCUUGAGCUCUACAAGAAUUCGGCAGUAUGCAGCACACAACAGCGUCGCGCUGUGGAGGAACAGAAAGGAGGAAAGCAACAACAAAAUGCAGCCCAUCAUGUCAAGAUGCAGACAGGGUCCACUCACCAGCAGAAUUUAAAGAGAAGGAAAGAACACGUGGAGGCCAGUGUCAGUGAGACAACAGUAUCUGUGAAGGGUCCAAAGACAUCAUCCACUCCAUAUCCUCACCAAUCAAAGAAAGCUCGAAAGGGCACACAGACUGCAGCAACAAAAAGCAGUCCAGUAAAUGUAGUAACAUCAACACAGUUUCGUGGCAAGAUUGAUUUACAUUUAUCUGUAUCACUUCUUCCAGACACGGUUGAAAGUGAUUCUAUAUCACUCUCCCAGAAGGUUAGCAAGAGUCCACGGAAAUUUGGAAUAGGACGUGGAUCACCAAGCAAACGUCUCAGUAAGAAUUCGCCCCUGCGUUACUUUCGGCAGCCUCCUCUUACCUCAUUUUUUAACAGCAAAGGUCCUCGCCGAGCACUAUUUGACAGCCCACAGAAAGAUGGUAAAGCAACAUUUGAGUCAAAAAAGACAGAACACAAUGAAAAGGAGGAAAGAGAUUCCAGUGAUUCCAAAACAGACACCAGCAGUAGCUCAGUGAGCCUAAGCAGUGAAGAAACAAACGAAACAGGGACAUCAAAGGAACAGAGGACUCUGGCCACAGCUGUUUUGGAUAUCAAAGAAAUUAGCAACUCAUCCCCACUGACUGCAACUGAUCGUGCUUUGGACCAAGUGCUCUCGUGUCCUUCUGGUGACUUGUACACAGACAAACUUGUAGGUGUACUUGCACCAAUCUUAAGGCACCCGCACACUGCUCCACUGUUGUCAAAUGAAGAGUGGCGCAUGGUGGUGUGUUACCUCUUGCUGCCACCAUCCAGCCGAACUGCUGUUACCCGACUUCUAGCCCGUCAACCUGGCUGGCACCGUCUCAGUGCCUUAGAACGCUAUGGUUCAGUGAGUGAAUUGCAGGAGAGAUUUGAAGCACCUCAGGAAGAUGGGUUUGUUUCCUUAGAGUGCUCCUCAGAAUCUGCCUCAGUGCUGCUGCCUUUAUUGAAGAUGCCAGAAAUAAAAUCAUUAUGCAGUGAAUUCAAUAUUGCAACUGCAGCCAAGAACAAGCCACAGUUGAUCAAUGACCUAUUGAAGCUUCAAGCUAGACAGAAAGGAGUGACAGGAAAAAGUGUUCCUCUUGUCUCCCGCAUUGUACGAGCACUAGGUCCCUGUGUGAAAGCCAGUGAUAGUUUACGUUCACUUCUGUCACGGCUCUUCUUAAUCACAUCACUUGGUUGUGCAUCAGCUCCUGAAGAUCGAACUCUUGCCUCGAUGGUGUUUCGUGUGACAAAUGUUGAAACUGGUCGUGUAAUUUACCCAAAUUGUGAAGUCAUACGCAAGAGUGUGAUAUUUCCCACUCGGGAACAUUUACUCAGGUAUGAAACUGCAAUUGAGUUACAAAAUGAAUCUAUGGUUGCCAUAGAGAAGAAAGACUGGGCUACAGCAAGAGAGAUUGUUGCUGUUAUAGAAAAUAAUUUUAGGGAGCUCUUGACGGAUGCUAAUGAAAGAGAACAUGUUGAACAGCUUCCAUCUUUUCUGAGAAGGUUUACGCCAGGCACUGUAUAUGCCUCCUGCCUGCAGUAUGGUGCUGAGGUUUAUAGAAAAUCUGGAAAGGAACAUUAUAAAUCUGCAGUUCAAAUUCUUGAGCUUAUAUUGAGCCAGAAGCUUUAUAGAACUCACCGCAGAGGAAAAUGCUAUGUGGCUUUGGCUUUGUUGCUUCAUCGUCAUGUGCGAGACCAUGCUGCAGCUGCUGAGGUGGUGAUCCGUGGCCUGAGUGAGCCAGUACCAGAGUGCUGCACUGCUGCUGAGCAGCUCUCUCUCGUCCGGCGUGCUGUCAUGAUUGCAGACUAUCGCUCGAGCACCCUUCCUGCAGAUGUCAAAAGACGUCUUCGCCUGGCCAUCCUCAAUCCUCAGCCCGUCAUGAAGAUUCCUGCGACAUCUGUGAAAGCUCGACAGUUGGGAGGCCAACGUGGUUAUAAGGGAAUUUACAUACGAGAUGACCAUACAACCAAUGAAAAACAUUUUUCCUCUGUGGAAGAAAUUGCCAUUGCCCACUACCGAACAGAAGGAUAUACAGAAGGUCUUCAUUGUGAAGGUAGUGUGGUCACUUCACUGUUUGCACUAUUAUUUUGGGACAUUCUUUAUGACACACCAGUACCGGAUGCAUUCCUGUCACCAUAUCAGACAGCUCCACUCGACCUUGGAACUGAAUACUUCUACAGUAGUCGUCAGGAUUUUGUGGAACGCCGGUUAGCUGACAUUAGAGCAUGGGAUCAACCACAUUUGCAACGUUUUGUAGGGGAACGCUAUGAAGAACAUAGAGACAAACUGUGUCUUGUUAGCUGGAAUUAUUUCUGCAGUGUGAAUAAGUUGACGGGACUUGUGAGAUGCAUGGGAGGACAACUGCUGGCAGUUGUAUGUGAACGACUAGUGAAAAACUUUCACAGCUGUCGCCGGGGCUUCCCUGAUCUUGUUCUGUGGAUGCCAGCUUCUGGAAAGUGCAAGAUAGUGGAAGUGAAAGGCCCCAAUGACCGUCUGUCUCCAGACCAGGAGGUCUGGCUGGAUUUUCUUUUCCGUGCUGGUGCUGAUGUAGAGAUCUGUCAUGUAGAAACAACGGGCUCCAAGAAACUUCAGAAGAAGACAGUUAUCUCUGAUGACAAUUCUGACAGUGAAACAGCUUAGCACUGGUAUUAUUAUGAACACAGCAGUGAAGCAUCUGAUUGCACCAUGCUAAGGUUUAAAAGCACAGCAAUUCAUCAGCAUGCUUGGGUCAUUUUAUAAUUGUUAACAUGCACUUUAAUACUAGAUACUGUUGUAACAUUAGAGUGCCACAUUAUAUUUGCUUCAGAAAAUAAAAUGUGAAUUUUGACUUACCUUGGUUUUACAACACUGCUUUUCAGUGUCUUCAGAUAUUUUUGUGAGAAUGCUGAAGUGUAUGCAGAUGGAAUGGGUCUCGUGUAACUUGAGAUCUACCACAAUUUGGAUCUACAAAUUGUAUAUGUUCUUGUGCCCAUUUUGUGAUUACUCUGAUAAGCAGCCCUUUCACUUACUGUUGCUAGAUUAAAUAAUGUACGUUAAUAACAUAUUUUUGCAUGUCUCCAACAUUUCUGGUCUGAUGAUGUGAUAAGACUUAUUGCUGUGAUAUGCUCCAAAAGUUUAAUAAGUUUCCAUUUUAUGUUUUCUAAGUUCUUUCUUUAAGACACACUAAUAUUGUGCUCUCCCUGUUUUCAGUGAAUGCUGAUUUUGAGAAAACAUAUUAACAUUUAGCUCUCAUAUAUAGUACAAAGUUACCACUUGUAGAGGACAGAUGCAAAAAAUAAAUAAACGAGGAGAGAGAGAGAGAGAGAGAGAGAGAGAGAGAGAGAGAGAGAGAGAGCGAGAUCAUAAUGCUCAAAAUGGAAUUCAGUGUCUUAUCAGAUAUACAUAGGCCAAGUGUAUAUUGUAUUUUUGUCUCUGCAUUCUUUGAGUUAUUAUAAGAGGGUAGUUUUUUUUUUUUUUUUUUUUAUAAGCAAAUACUAGAGUUGAUUACAUGAGGUAUUUGCAUGUUACAUCCAAUAAUAAUGUUAAUGACAUUGCUAUUUUUUACAUUCAAUACUUUAAUAGUUGAAAGCUUUAUAUGUAUUUUAUUGCUGUUAAAAGUGAUAAUAUUUUAUUAUUGAUUGUUGUUGAAGAAUUACUUAAUUUAUGUUUUGAUUCAUGUCUAAAGUAUAAAAUUGCUUUAAAACACUAUGAUAAGCCAAAAAUUAGAACAGAAUAUAGUUUUGGGAACUGGAAAUUGUUUCUAUAAGAUGUAAGAGGCAAGUGAAUUGUCGGGGAGAGAGAGAGGGGGGGGUUAGUGUUUUACAUAUUUUUUCGCCUUCAGAGUUACUUCUUUCUCUCCCUGAUAUGUGCUAAAAAUAUCUUUGAUUCCAUAAUUGUGAAACUGCAUGUUUUUUAUAUCAUGCUGAUUUCUGCAUCAAAGUGUCUUGGAACAUCUGUAGUUAGGGGAACUUAUCCUCUAUUCCAGCAUUGCCUGAGAUCUCAAUUGCCAAAUGUAUUUAUAUUGAUAAAUAAGUGAUAUUAUUAAUGAUCUUGUUUAUAAAGCUUUUUUUGUAAAUACCUGUUAAUGAAAGGUACGGUCCACACUGAUGGUGGUAAAUCAUUUCCUUAAAAUUACUUUUAAUUUCUGUAUUUUGAGCAUUAUUUUUAUUGAACCAUAGUCAUGAUAAAAACCUUAAAAAUAGUAAUAAACCAUUUGCCAUUGUAAUUCUACUUUUACAGAUAUAAAAUUUUCAACAUGUACUGUCAAAGGAAGACCUAGUGUAGUUGUAGUUUCUGGUGUGGGAAGAGAGAUGAAUGAAUGAAUAACUUAAUUGUAGCUACUGUUCCUGAAUGUAAUGAAGCUGUUUGUAAUCCAUAACUUGACUAUAUCAUGAGUUUAUAGGGAGACACAACAGUAGCUUACAUGUAACUAUGAGUUGUACCACAUUUAUAGGUAUCAAGGUUCAUUUGCAUGUGUAAAUUUGUAAAUAAACAUUUUUACUUUGUUGUAUGUAUUUUCAUA